GAGGUGACGUCAGUGCCCACGCGCAGCCGCAGCCGGGCGGAGAGAAGAUGGUGAUCAUCAAGGAGUACCGUGUGGUCUUGCCUUGCUCAGUAGAAGAGUACCAAGUUGGGCAGCUUUUCUCUGUGGCUGAGGCCAGCAAAAACGAGACAGGUGGCGGGGAAGGGAUCGAAGUGCUGACAAAUGAACCAUAUGAAAAAGAGGGAGAGAAAGGACAAUACACGCACAAAAUCUAUCACUUAAAAAGUAAAGUGCCUGCCUUUCUGAAGAUGAUUGCACCAGAGGGGGCUCUAGUAUUCCAUGAAAAAGCCUGGAAUGCCUACCCAUACUGCCGUACUAUUGUGACGAAUGAAUACAUGAAAGAUGACUUCAUGAUCAAAAUUGAAACGUGGCACAAACCGGACAUGGGCUCUAUGGAAAAUGUACAUGAAUUGGACCUGGAGACAUGGAAGAUGGUUGAGGUAGUGCCUAUCGACAUAGCAGACAAAUCACAAGUGGAGCCAGGAGAUUAUAAACCAGAAGAAGACCCUGCGCUAUUUCACUCAGAGAAAACAGACCGAGGUCCACUAGGCCCAGACUGGAAGUCAGAGCUCACUGCAAAAGAAGAUGCCCCACGAAUGUGUGCAUAUAAACUAGUUACUGUGAAGUUCAAGUGGUGGGGCCUUCAAAGCAAAAUAGAGCAGUUCAUCCACAGACAAGAGAAAAGAAUCUUUACGAACUUCCAUCGCCAGCUGUUCUGUUGGAUUGACAACUGGGUAGAGCUUACCAUGGAGGACAUCCGGCGGAUGGAGGCUGAGACACAGAAGGAGCUGGAAGAGAUGCGUUGCAAGGGCACAGUAAGAGGCACAACAGCAGUAGAAGAGUAGCUGUGGGCCGUCUAAUAGCGAGACAGGUGGAGUGAGAUCCCUUCGUAAAACUGGUGAGGUUCGAGGUACCAGUGCCGCUCACGAACAAUGAGACGAAACUAAAGGAUCCUACUGUAAUAUUCUGACAAGCGAACAAAGCGACACACAAACGAAGCUGACCAGUGGCGUACUGUGUGGUUCUGUCCUCCACCAGCCUGAGGGAAUGUCCCAGCAAUCGGUAGUACUGUAUCCUGCUCAGCGUUACUCCCAGUCAUCCUUCUCAACAUAGACAACAGCCUCACACUGACACGGAAAGACUCUUGCCACUGCACGUAAUUAGCCUACGAUGAUAUUAGUGAAGAAUGGUAGAAAAUGGUACUUUUGAGUAAGGGGUUUGCAUCAUUUUAGGAAUAAGUGAGCAUGGUGAUGAGAUUCUUUUAAUUUCAGUGUCAGUUGCUGGACCAAUUUUAGUUGUCUGUUUUAGUACUUUCAUAACUUUAACUAUAGAUUCUAUUGCGAGUUAGUCUCACCAGUUAAGGUGUAUCUUUGACCCCCAUCCUCUCAGACUCCCCAAGUUAAGCACUUAUGUCAGUUGGAUUGAAAUGUUCAUAUC